UUUAAUAUCCAGAGGGUUAUAGGAAUAUUCUAAUAUAGUAAAGAUGUCAGAAUCUGGAAGUGAAACAAAAAGUCCAGACGCCAAAAGUGUUGGAAGUAAGACAUCAAUAAAUGUGAAGAUUCCAUCAGCUGCAAGUAAAAGAGGUGGCACCCCAACUAAGAGUCCUGGGCUGGAUUUGCCAGAUGAAAUUGGAAGCAGAGCUUUAACCACCACCCCUGUUAGCUCAAAAGAUUAUCUUGCUCGAUCAAAUGUUAAUCAGGGAACUAGCAAAAAUCUACGCCAGCCCCAGAAAUCAGAAAGAGAAUUAAUCAGACAAGCUGCUGCUACCAUCAUUGAGAGACAGUGGAUUGCAUUUAGAGAUAAACAGAUGUUCCGAUUGUUAAAGCAUGCUGUAUGUGCUGCUGAAAAUUCUCUGUCAAAAGAGAUAUUAAGAAAAGUGUGUCCAAAAGAAGCCGAACUCCUUAAUGACAAAGUCAAUCAAGUCAGAGUUAGGUUUAGAUUCGGUGGACAAGAGUUCCCUCCCAUGAUUUUCUUCAAGAUAUUUAUCCACACAGAAGGCAAAGGUGUAAAGUACCUCAGUGGGAGACGAGUAAUCAAACCAGCAACAGAGGCAUCUGAAGAUUCAUUGAGAAACAUGGGGAACAGGAAAUUCUACGAUCAGAUGUUACAGGACGCCAUGUAUAACCAGCAGUACAAAAUCACAGAUGAAAUAGACGUCACAACACUAAAGGAUUACAUGCAGUACCUGGCCAAUAUAGAUGAGGCCCCUGCUACUUUGGGAGGGAAAGAAAAUUACUGGAGAAAACUCACAUUAGAUGUAUUGUCAAGGAGGACCGUCUUUUAUGAUGUGAUAGACUACCUGUACAAUCAGAGAGUGACGCCCAGGUUAAGACAGGAAAUCCCGCUGCUGGUACAGAGACCCGUGUCACAGGAGAUCAAAGUCCAACAUAUCAGAGCCAUAUCCACGCUCAGGUCAGAAUCUAUUCCUGUGGGAGCCCCUUUAACCACCCCCAAAUCCAAAAUGUCUGGGUACGUCAGUCACCCGGUCUCCAGUCGCCGCUCUAGGCAGGCCAAGGCACGCGCCUCUAAGCUGAGGAAGAUGUAUGGUCUCGAUAGAAGCACAUAUGAUUCUAGCUCGGAAGGGAGCAAACUCCUGGAUUCCAGAGAGCCCACGGCCGUGUCCGAGGAACCUGACGAUUACUUUGAUAAAUACGGCAUCACGGGAGAGGAGGGAGAGGAUCCAGAGGAGUGGGAGAGAGAAGCUAGCAAGCUGUACGAGUGGACACAGGAACUGUCAUUCAAUGAUGACCUCAUAGCCACGCCCCGACUCCCCAUACAAACGUGAUUCAUUCAUUUCAUUGGACAGGUCAAAGGGCAAAGGUUACACAGAAGUUAUUGUAAGCCAUGAAGCACUGUCAGAGCACUGAGGACUUUAUGUAAACACUAAUCGGUGAUACACUCAUGCUUUCAGUGAUUGUGCAUUUAUUUGUUAUUUGUUAUCGGAAAUCCUUAUUGAAGUUUUGUAUACACUAAGUUGUUUUUAUAUGUACAUGUAUUUAUGAAAAGA